AUGUCGGCUGUGCAAUCGAAAGCGGCCAGGCUUCAAAAGGAGCACAAGGAAAAGUUCUUAGCAGACACGGAGAGGGAAAUGGCCUCCUCCGGGGAUUUAAAGUACAACCACGUAUCGGCAGCCAUGAUGAAGAAGUUUAAUGCUUUAAUGGAAAUGCAAGACAUGAUGUUCGUGGAGAUGAGAGAAAGCCUUAAAAAUGACCUAAAGGAAAUGCUGGUAAAAUAUACGGCACCUGAGGUGAAGAGUUUGGAGGAGAGCGCGCAGCAGGAAGGAAACGAGUCCGCCUCAGAGAAAGUGGAGGGGAGUUCUGAAACAGAUGAGGACGCCGAAAACCUCACGGUGAAAAGCGAGAAGAGCAAGCUGAGCAGGAAGCAGGACAAAAAACAACCCGACAGCAGCCACGAUGUGAAACCGUCACCAGAGAGGAUGGGAGAAGCCCGGCAUCAUGUAGAUGAGGGGUGUAGAGAGAGCAGGGGCCAUGUAGACCUUCUAGAAGGAGAGGACCUGGAGAAUGGGGAGAAAGAAACAAGCCAUGGGAACAAAGAGAGCCUCCUAAAAGCCUCCGGAGAGGGCGGUGCGCCGGAAGAGGGAGCCGUCCUUAGGCUGGCUGCCGACUUCUCAGCCGCCACGCUGGAUGUUAACAAGCGGUGGGGCCGCAUCUUCCGUCUUCUGAAGGAGACAGAGCUGGAACCCGAGCUGCAGUGCUCAGUUAAGCUAGCGUUUAAAUGCGAUGGCGAAGCAAAGACUUUCUCAGACCUUUCCAGCCUCCGACAGUUUGCCAGCAGAAAGCCUUUUCUGAAAGAAUUACUGAAAGAUGUGCUCCCACAAAAUGAAGCAAGAAAUGGAGGAAGAAAUCAGCUUCAAGAAAGAUUGGGUAAAACUCUAGGAGACACAAAGCGUGAAGCUGGGAGAAUAGCAAGCGAUAGCUUGAGCUUCCUCUUCAUCAACGAGGUAAACGUUGCUAGCCCAAACAUGAAGACUUCUGAAGAAGAAACAUUGCAACAGAAGGAUAAAGAAACCCUCGCGUUGGAGAGGCAGGAGGUCUCAAGGCUAGAGGAGGGAAAAGUCCUGGAGGUGGAGGGAGAAGAAGAAAGUUCAGAGGGAGAGGCCUCAGAUACGGAGUAUGAAGAGGGUUCAGAGUUGGGGGAGGAGGAGGAGGAGGAAGAGGACUCAGAGUUGGGGGAGGAAGAACAGACCUCAGGAGAGGAGGAAGAGAGAGAAGAGUACUCAGAGAUAGCGAAGGAGGAAGAGGCCUCUGUGCUCCAUGAAACACGAGGCUCAACCUUCCAGGGCCUUACUGUGGUAGAGGAGUGUGGAGUUGAGAAAAUCACCAGGAGCGGCGAGGAGAUUGGCUUAAUUAGUUUGGUAGUAGAUUCUGAAUCAGAAAAAGAAGGAAAUGUGAAGGAGACCUUCCAUGGCCUGAGAGAACUUGCCUUUAGCUACUUGGUUUGGGACUCUAAGGAAAAAAAGCUGGUCAAGUGCCAGGAGGGAGGAGCAGCUGCCAUGACUAGUCAGGGGAUCGGGACACCCUGCCUAACCUUGUACUUGGCUUCUCUGUCAGAAUCCCUAGAGGCAGGCAGUGACGGCGCUAAAAGCCGCUCAUGUACAAGCUUGAGUGUUCCAUCACAAGUCACUCCACUUUUAAUGAACAUGGAGAAAGGGAGAUACAAGCCCCCGCAAAUAGAAGAGCUAACAGCCAAAGAAGCAGACUUGAUCCAUGAAACUGAAGAAAACUUUAGAAGAAGUGUGAUCGUUCAAUGGAUGACCUGA